CCCCAUCCCGGGCCUUUCCAGGUCUCCUCUUCCAGUGAACCGGAUGCUCCGUCAGUUUUCUCCUCGGCGUCCUCCGGUGCUUCCCGGCUCCCUGGCAAGGCCGCAGGCAUCCACGGGGGACGGUCAGGGGGCUCCCGGCGGCUGGCCUGGCAGGUGUAGGGCGCCGGUAGGAGCUGGGCGCACACGGUUACCGAGCGUGGAGGAGACACGUCCCUGCGGCGAUGGGUGCCAGGGGCGCUCCUUCACGCCGGAGGCAGUCGGGGCGGCGACCGCGGUAUCUGCCCACCGGGAGCUUUCCCUUUCUCCUCCUCCUGCUGCUUCUCUGCAUCCAGCUCGGUGGAGGACAGAAGAAAAAGGAGAAUCUUUUAGCUGAGAAAGUAGAACAGCUGAUGGAAUGGAGCUCCAGGCGCUCAAUCUUCCGAAUGAAUGGUGACAAAUUCCGAAAAUUUAUAAAGACACCACCUCGAAACUAUUCUAUGAUUGUUAUGUUCACUGCUCUUCAACCUCAGCGGCAGUGUUCUGUGUGCAGGCAAGCUAACGAAGAAUAUCAAAUACUGGCGAACUCCUGGCGCUAUUCCUCUGCUUUUUGUAACAAACUCUUCUUCAGUAUGGUGGACUACGAUGAGGGGACAGAUGUUUUUCAGCAGCUCAACAUGAACUCUGCUCCUACAUUUAUGCAUUUUCCUCCAAAAGGCAGACCCAAGAGAGCUGAUACUUUUGACCUUCAAAGAAUUGGAUUUGCAGCUGAGCAACUAGCAAAGUGGAUUGCUGACAGAACGGAUGUUCAUUUUCUCUAUGGAACAUUUCUCCUUGCUUCAAGAAAACUGCAUCUGAUAGCUAUUCGUGUCUUCAGACCACCCAACUACUCUGGCACCAUUGCUUUGGCCUUGUUAGUGUCACUUGUGGGUGGUUUGCUCUAUUUAAGAAGGAACAACUUGGAGUUCAUCUAUAACAAGACUGGUUGGGCCAUGGUAUCUCUGUGUAUAGUCUUUGCUAUGACUUCUGGCCAGAUGUGGAAUCAUAUCCGUGGACCACCAUAUGCUCAUAAAAACCCGCACAAUGGACAAGUGAGCUACAUCCAUGGGAGCAGCCAGGCUCAAUUCGUGGCAGAGUCACACAUUAUUCUGCUACUAAAUGCUGCUAUCACCAUGGGGAUGGUUCUUCUAAAUGAAGCGGCAACAUCCAAAGGCGAUGUUGGAAAAAGACGGAUCAUUUGUCUAGUGGGAUUAGGCCUGGUGGUCUUCUUCUUCAGCUUUCUACUUUCAAUAUUUCGUUCCAAGUACCACGGCUACCCUUACAGCUUUUUAAUUAAAUGAAGCCGAGUGGGAUUUGCGUAAAGUGAAUGUUUACCAUGAAGACAAAGUGUUCCUGACAUACUAGUUCAAAUACUUGAGUUCAUUUCCUUGCUGAUUGUGAUAAUCCAGCUGUUUCUUGUACAAUUUUUUUAAACGUGAGUUUUCCUAGUAAACUUAAUUCAUAGACAUGGAUGGUUAAAUUUAAUAUGGAAAGAACAAAGGCAUCACUGAAGUGUUUUUCAAGCAUAUUAUAUUCACUGUAUGCGAUAGGUUGAAAUAAAUGACAGUGCAGUUAUGAAUUCAUGCUUUUAAACUGUUCACUCACUAGUAAAGAAAACCACAAUGUUAGUAAAGGAAAACUAUGAAAUGUAUCUUAAUUCUUGGGAUUGUACAGAGAUAGGUGUAUGCAUGAAAAUAUGUGAUGUACUGAAAAAUUAUACUUUCUGCAGUUUCAGUAUAAAGGACAUGUAUGGUUACAAA